AUGGUGCCACACAUUUCGCAGCCGUUAUACCUGUUUCCCCAUUUUUGGCGAAAGUGUCAUGUUUAUUUAUGGCACGACCCCUGGUUUGGCGAUGGUCCCCUUUCGGGCAUUAUUGAUAGUGGUCAGCUAACGUCAGUUCGUGUGGAGUAUUAUUUGGUUAACGGUCAGUGGGAUCGAAACAAGCUAGCUGAGGAUAUUCCUUUUGAGUGGAUUGAUAGGAUUUGCUCGGUCCCAAUCUCUGGUGCUUCGGGUGAUUCGCCCAUUUGGAGAGCUUCUUCGGAUGGCCAAUUUUCCUUGACCUCGGCUUGGGCGUUGAUACGACAGCAGCAUACCCCUACCCCUCUUCUUCGUAUAUUUUGGGGAUCUUGUCUUACUCCUACAAUUUCUAUCUUUCUUUGGCGUCUCCUUCUUCAGCGUCUUCCAGUGGAUACCAAACUUCAGUCUCGAGGCACCUCUCUUGCCUCGAGGUGCUAUUGUUGUCCAGAUCCAUCUUUUCAUGUGUCGAGUCUUGUAUCUCAGUCUGUCGAUUCUCCUUCUAUUGAGUCGAUUGAUGAUAUCUUCGUGGAGAGCCCAACGGCUAAGAGGACUGGCAUUCCCCACGUGGCUGAUUCUCUUGGCCUAUAUUACCGAGUCAGAACACCAUCUCUCACAACUCAUAGAGUUGUUUGGCUUCCAUCGGAUCCGGGUUGGGUGAAGCUAAACACAGACGGAGCCCGUAGAGCAUCCACCCAGAUUGCAGCUAUUGGCAGGAUUAUCAGAGGUUCGGACGCUGAGGCCAUACUUGCAUUUCACGAGAGGAUCUCUGCCCCGAGCUGUAUUGCAGCCGAGCUUGCUGCUCUUGCCUCCGAUCUGCGAUUUGUUAUUCAGAGGCAAUUCACUAGAGUUUGGAUCGAGCUUGACGCAGAAGUCAUUGUUCGACUUCUUUCGCACACGGACCAAGGUCAUUGGAGUCUUCAAAGUUCUCUCACGGUGAUCUGGAACUCUCUUUCUACUUUGGAGUACAGGAUUACACAUAUCAACCGGGAGGGCAAUACAGUAGCUGAUGCAUUAGCUAACUUGGGGUGUUAG